AUGGCAGAUAAACAGCGCGUUCAGAACCAAGACCUGAUACAUCAAAACCCUCCAUGCCCCAAAUGCGGCUUCUCCGGGGUCGGCAACUCCGAUUCCCAAAAACGGCGAUUGCCGUUCUCGAUCAACUCCGAACAACCCGACGCCAAGAAGCUCUUUCUUGCCUCAGGCACGGGUUCCGGCAAUUCGUCGAACGCCGCACCCAAGACCGCGCCGAAUCCCAACUUGGUCAUGCCCUGCUCGGCCACUGGUCUGCCUCCUCGUCCGCCGCCGCGCCGGCGCCAAAACUUGUAUCCCAUUUCUUCUCCGUCUCACUCGCCUUUGGAAUCUGCUCGGACCUCAGGCUCGCUUUUGGGCGUUUCGUCGAACGCCUCACCCAAGACCACGCCGAAGCGCGACUCGGCCACUGGUCUGCCUCCUCGUCCGCCGCCGCGCCGGCUCCAAAACUUGGCUCCCAUUUCGUCUCCGUCUCACUCGCCUUUGGAAUCUGCUCGGACCUCAGGUUGGGUUCCGGGCGUUUCGUCGAACGCCUCACCCAAGAGCGCGCCGAAGCACGACUCGGCCAUGCCCUGCUCGGCCAUUGGUCGGCCUCCUCGUCCGCCGCCGUACCGGCGCCUCAAGUCCACUCCCAUUCUUUCUGCGGAGAAAUCUUUAUCGAGGACCUCGGCCAACUCUGACAAUUCAAAGGGCUAG